GGCCUAGAGGUGCGAGCCGCGGGCCGGAGAGUUUGAACUGCGCGCAGGCGCAAGCAGCGGCGGAAAAACGGGAUCCCAGGCGGCUCUGCACUCGGGGGGCUGCAGACUUUAUGAGGACUUCAGGCCCUGGAGACAGCCUCUUGGAUCGCUCUAAGACUGCUCUGAAGAGAGAGAAAUAAAAUUCUGAUCCUGGGACCAGAUCCAGUUCCCCAAAGUAGAAGUCAGUUCCUGAUUGAUCCCGGCACUUACCAACAGCUCCUCCUGGACAGGCUAAGCACCGUGAUUGCAUAAAGAGGUUGGUAACCUGCUAGAUUUCAUGAUUUGAAGUAUAAUGUCUCAGGAAGGCAAUUAUGGGAGGUGGACGAUAUCCAGUAGUGACGAAAGUGAGGAGGAAAAGCCAAAACCAGACACACCAUCUACCUCUUUUCUCCCCGACGCUGAGCAGAGAACAGCAGCGGAGCCAAAGUACACCUGUUCCGAGGCUCGGAGAGCCACACACAAGAGGAAGAUAGACCCUGUGAAGUUCAGCAAUGCUGACUCGGUUUCCGAGGCGUCUCCUUCCAAAAGGCAGAAGACUGGUUCCCAGGAGGACCUAGGCUGGUGUCUUUCCAGCAGCGAGGAUGAGCUGCUGCCACCAGAGACUCAGCAGAAGCAGGCUAAGAAAGCAGGGGUCAAAAAGGAGGAAGGCCCUCCUUCUCCCCAAAACGGUGCUGCCCGCAGAGCUGGGCAUGGCAGCCCUCUCGCCAGCCCCGGGCUCAGGCGGGAGGAAGACGAGUACGAAACGUCAGGGGAAGGCCAGGACAUCUGGGACAUGCUGGAUAGAGGGAACCCCUUCCAGUUUUACCUCACCCGCGUCUCAGGAAUUAAGCCAAAGUAUAACUCCAGAGCCCUCCACAUCAAGGAUAUUUUGUCUCCUCUAUUUGGGACCCUUGUAUCUUCAGCUCAGUUCAACUACUGCUUUGACGUGGACUGGCUGGUGAAGCAGUACCCACCAGAGUUCAGGAGGAAGCCAAUCCUACUUGUGCACGGCGACAAACGAGAAGCAAAGGCUCACCUGCACGCCCAGGCAAAGCCUUAUGAAAACGUUUCCCUCUGCCAGGCAAAGUUGGAUAUUGCAUUUGGAACACACCACACGAAAAUGAUGCUACUGCUUUACGAGGAAGGCCUCCGGGUUGUCAUCCACACCUCCAACCUCAUCCACGCUGACUGGCACCAGAAAACGCAGGGGAUAUGGUUGAGUCCUUUGUACCCACGAAUCGUCCACGGAGCCCACAGAUCUGGAGAAUCAACCACACACUUCAAAGCUGAUCUCAUCAGCUACCUGACGGCUUACAACGCUGCUCCUCUCAAGGAGUGGAUAGAUACCAUCCAGGAGCACGACCUCUCAGAAACAAACGUUUACCUUAUUGGCUCAACCCCAGGACGCUUUCAAGGAAAUCAGAAAGAUAAUUGGGGACAUUUUAGGCUUAGGAAGCUCCUGAAAGAGCACGCCUCGUCCAGACCAGAGGCAGAGCCUUGGCCGAUACUUGGUCAGUUUUCAAGCAUUGGUUCCAUGGGGGCUGAUGAGUCAAAAUGGCUAUGUUCUGAGUUUAAAGAGAGCUUGGUGACACUGGGGAUGGAGGGCAAGACCCCAGGAAGUGCUGUCCCUCUUCAUCUGAUCUAUCCUUCAGUGGAAAAUGUGCGGACCAGCUUAGAAGGAUAUCCAGCUGGAGGCUCUCUUCCCUAUAGCAUCCAGACAGCAGAGAAGCAGAACUGGCUCCACUCCUAUUUUCACAAAUGGUCAGCCGACACAUCGGGCCGCAGCAAUGCCAUGCCACAUAUUAAGACGUAUAUGAGACCCUCUCCAGACUUCAGUCAAAUUGCUUGGUUCCUUGUCACAAGCGCCAACCUGUCCAAGGCCGCCUGGGGAGCAUUGGAGAAGAACGGCGCCCAGCUGAUGAUCCGCUCCUACGAGCUUGGGGUCCUCUUCCUCCCAUCAGCGUUUGGUCUGGACAGCUUCAAAGUGAAACAGAAACUCUUCUCGGGGAGCCAGGAGCCAACAGCCUCCUUUCCUGUGCCGUAUGACCUCCCUCCAGAGCUGUAUGGAAGUAAAGAUCGGCCAUGGAUUUGGAACAUUCCUUAUAUCAAAGCACCAGAUACACACGGGAACAUGUGGGUCCCCUCCUGAGCAAGUUAAAGCACUGUGGCGUUUAAGUGCAAGACACUGAGCCCCAGCCAUUGGAUGUUCUUGUUUGUACAGAACAGUCGCUUCCCUGAAUGUUUUAUCUGCAAAACUACAGAUCUCUGUGCAGAGGUCAGUCUGUCAGACACGGAUGUUGGCUGUACUUUUAAUGGUCAUUAUUGACAUUCUCACUUUAGAAAAGGUAAAUAUUUUCUUAAUUCCCUUUUCUAUGCUUUGGAGUAAAAGCUAUUAAACUUCACAAUGUUUAAAGAAUAUACAGACAUGAAAUUACCCUCCUAGUGAUGUGGACUCUCACGCUGGGGUCCGGCCGACUGAGUUGUGCCCCGUCAAGUAAAGUGCCCUUCAUUCAGCUGAAACUUUUCAGAGCAGGACUGCGGCCUCUUUCAGCAGCCCUCUGUCAGGUUGCUGGACGGGAGUCGCAUGUGUCGCUGAGGCUGGCAUGGCUCCCCAGGUGCCAUGAACUGUGUUGACCGUCGUCACCCUGUACUUCCCACGAUGUCCGCCCCCCCGGCCCCGGGCUGGCUGCCUCGCAGCUUACAGAUGGACCUCUCCUCGCCCAUCCCACACAGUGGACGAGUGUCUCUUCCAGUCCCACAGAUUUCCAGAAAGGACAGCUCACAGAAUCACACAAAGUAUGAUCACACAAAGCACGCAAGUAUUUUACUUCGAAGAGACCCUGAAAGGUGAACUCGCUUGGUGCCUUCAAUCCACAAGUGAGGGAACUGAGCAGUUUAGGGGAGUUUAGGGAUGUCCCCGAGGUCCCGGCUGCCGGGUCAGAGCUACGCGUGUCUUCCUGCUUUGUGUCCGUGUGCCCGGGUUCCCCUCAGGUAGUGUCCGGCCUCCUCGUUUUCCUCUGUGUGAGGCUCAUUUCUAGUUUGUCAUCAGCUUCUUGUUAUAAUUUAGAAUAGAGUUGAAUGUUAAUUUUGAAAGAUUUUUUUUUUUAAAUACUGUUUUUCACGCUGUUCCUCAGAGGCCAAAUGCUCACGUCGGGAAGCUGCCGGGGUGGGGAGGGUACUGGCGGGGGCGCUUCUGUGACGGGGGCUGGGGGUGCCGGGCUGAGGGCCGUCCUCCCUUCUUCCUCCGUCAGAGAAGCCCUGCAGCAUCUGUUUUACAUUUUGGGUUCCGUAAAAGAUAUUAUCUGGGUGGUUUGUUUGGAAGGUGUUUUGUUUUGCAUUGUUUAAAAAAAAGAAAAGUUAAAAAGACACUGGAUUCAUUUAACCAGUUCAUUCCACAGGAAAGAAAAGUGAAGCUUAAGCCUUUCUGGACCCUGCCUUCUACUUCAGGAACGUUUGAACCCUACAUCAGAUGAGCCCAGCAGCCCUGGAAGGCAACAGGGAGGGCGUCCUGAGCUGGCAGGAGAGGCCGACAUAGCGGUGCAGCUGGCAGUCUGAGCUGGGUGUCCACAGGACUGUGGCCAAGGACCUCAGAUUCUCACCGGCACGGCGGUCCCAUCCUGGAUGGGGGCAGGGGCAGCACAAGCCCUGAGACAACAUCACAGCUGCCAUGGGGGGUUGGGUGGCUCUGAGGGGCAGGACCCAGAAAGCCUGGGCUGCUCGGGACCCAGCCAGUCAGGAUGCCAGGGGCAGAUGGAAGGCUGACGGGCUGGGGUACAUCGCUCUUCUGACCCACAUGACUGCAAAGUGGGUUGGAGCUCAAAGCUGGAGUCAGGCUGCCCGGCUUUGAACCCCAGCUUUCCACCCCUUCUCUGUGCCUCUGCUGUAGGAUGAGGUGGUGGUAAUUAUCCCUGUUGCAGAGGGUCACUGAGCGGGUUGGGUGAGCUGGGACAUGCACGUGCUUGGAGGUGUCCUGCACAGGAGUUGCUACUGCAGCUGUCACCCUGGACUCUGCAUUGGAAUAGGAAGGAAACCUGGACUCAAACAGUAAAGUGCUUGUCCAAGGUCACACUUCUAGACUCUCACCCAGAUUUGAACCCAGGUCUGGCAGCAUCCAGGCUCUGUUCUGUACUUCCCGGGCAGUGUGGUGGACAGUGUCUGAGGAGAUGGACCACUUUUCCCCCAACCCACUGUGGACAGAUACUUUUGUAGAACACAGGAGCAGGUGCUUGGAUAUCAGGGCACUGACAAAUCGCUAAGGAAGUUUCUAAAUGCUGACUUUUACUUCCUGUACUUAACACAGACUGGCCUGGUCCAUAGCCGCACCUGGAGUGGCACUCUAGACCCAGCAGGGACCCAGACGGCCCCUCUGGAAGCAGAGACAAGUUCUGUAGGAUGGGCUGGGUGUGUUCCGUAAGGAGAAGUUCACGGUCAAGGGAUGUGCAGGUGGGUGUCCAGGCCCAACCCCGGAAAGCAGCCUCCUGUGCCCCUUGCCCUGGGCAGCAUGGGCUCAGGGAGGCAGGGCUGGGCCAGGCCAGCAUAGGUGGGGUCAGUACCACGAGCUUUCUGGGCACAGUCAAUGGCACACGUGGAAAAUACAGUAACGCCCCAGGAGUAAUCGACACGGGAACACGGAAAACAAGCGGUCCUGCCCUGUCUGGCCCUGUGUGCCCCCUUUUUCCCGCCUCCUCCUACCCUUUCAAAUCUCAUGGAAACACUUAUCCAGUUACUUUAUACCUGCUGAGGGAAACCUCCACAUAGAGGAAUCCAGCCUCUUGCUUCUUUGUAAACUGCCGAGAUAGGAGACUUGUCAUCUUUGUGAGGAGUUUCUCUGCAUGUGGCUGAAAGGAACUGCUGCCUGUUUUUCUUAAGUUAUCUUAUUUUGAAAUCUUACCUAACAUCCUCUUGCAAAGAUGGAUGCGUAGGCAAAAGACUUAAUGAGAUUUUCACAUUAUAUGAUACAUUUCAACAGGAUAUUCUGAAUACUUGAGUGGUUAAGAGAACCCCCCCAAUUUUUUGAGACAAAGUCUGUCAACCUGGACUUAAAAGAAGUCACAUGCCAUUUUGGCAGGAGGACUCCGUGUCCCCCUCAUGCUCCACAUUAUUCCCUGAUGAAGAGAGGAAGGGUCUGCCAUGAGCUUUUUGGUGUGAGGGAGAAAGAUGGGAUUUUUAAAUUAUGUUUUUUAUCAUCAUACUCCUGGGAAAAGAUUCCUGGUUUAACGUAGUUAAUAGAAAUCAACCUUAAAGUCCACUGAUUUGGUGGGCUGGAUUUUUCUUCAUAAUAAUAGUAAUAGCUAAUAAUUUCCUGGGGGUUCUUCCUAAGUUUUGACACCUGUGUUUAAGUGCUUUCCGUUUAAUUCUUGUAUCAGCUUUCUCUCAAAUAACAUAAAGUUCCACAGUGAGCAACAGGAGCCCAGCUUCAUUGUCCUGGGUUCUUGUGUAGAAGUUAAAUAGUUGUUCUUAAUAGAAAUUAGUAUCACAUGACUUUUCAAAUGAGUGGUUUCUGCAUCGGAUUCCAUAUGCUUAAAAUAAGGAUUUUAGAUUUGAUUUUGUCACAACUUUUUUUCUCCCAUAAAAUUAAGAUUUCGCUUUCUAAGAAAACACCACCAGUUUACAGAUGCGGAAACUAAGAUUAUUUGUCCAAAGGGGCACACAGCUGGCAAAUGGCAGAGUUGGGAUUUGCACCUGGGCGAUACUGCCGUGAGGAACCAGGCGGCAGAUGUGGCACGUGUCCCCAGCUCCAGCCAAGGGGCAGGCCUCAUACAUGAUCUGUAACUGGAGCUACAAAACUGGGUGCACUUUCAUCCACUGUAACAGUGUGUGGUUGGCGUGACAACCAGAUAGCAGUGCGUGAAAUCAGCCACUGAAUGCCACGUGAGUGUGCAGGACCGAGCCAGUCAUCAAAGCCAGAACCUGACAGUGGAGCCGGUUCCUUCCAAGUAAGAACAUCGAGGGCUGAAAACUUUGCCACGUUAAGUAUGUUCUGUUAAGUUCUCUGAAACCUGGCGUUUGCGUUGACGCACCAGAUCUAAAGCACAGAGAGAAGGGAUUAGGCCAAACAUCAGAAGAGAAGGCAGCCUAGAGGAUGCUGCAGAGGGGAGGGAAAGAGGCAGCCCAGGAAGUGGGGUGCAGGGAUGUGUUGAAACGAGGGCACCUCAUACAUUUAAGGAGGGGUGGUGAGCAGUGAUGGGGCCAAAGCAUUGCAAGUCUGCGUGCAGUCUGUAUUCCAGUUUUUACAGGGUUUCAAGCAAGUGUCUCAAUGCGGAAUCCAAUUGCUGUGUAUAAAUUACACUCCAGUCCCUUUAGGUCUACCAGAAGCUCUAUUGAAACUGCAGUCUGGUGUUAAUUGGUUGAAGGCGUUUGGCUCAGUUUUCCCUGUUCUCUUUGUAGCAAGGGUUUUGGAGAGCCCAGUGGCAGUGGCCAGUUCUCUCAGUACCCACAGAAGGUCAGAAGAGAAGGGCAAAGAAGAAAUUGCAUCCAUAGGGAAUUUAUGGUUUAUGAUCACAGGUAACUUUAUAUACAUCAUGGGGCAGGUUAUACCUAAUUUUAUGAAGAGGGGAAAAUAAGGUUCAAGGUCACAGAACUAGCGUGUGUCCCUUUGUGGCCCCAAGGACACAGAUAAUGCCACUCUGUGACCUGAGUGGCCGUGUUCACAGAUUCUUUAGAAAUUAACAUGUCAGCUGAAUGCUGAUUUUGUUUUCUUCAGAUAGUUGACAUUACUAAAAUUUAAAAGCUUAUAAAUUUAAUGAUACUUUAUCAAUAUUUUUAUGAAAGAAUGCAUUAGUCAGGAUGCUUUUAUAGUUACAGAAACCGGAUUAUUUAGGCUUAAGCGAUGGCAGAGACUUUAACAUAAGUCCAGCAAAUGCUGGAGCUAGAGUAUCAUGAUGUAACCGAGUCCACCUCCACGGCUCAGCUCUGCUUUCCGGAAUACGGACGUCAUUCGCAAGCAAGCCGUCUCCACGGGGAGGCUGAAAUUCCCACUCUCUCACACCCUUCCCCCCAGCUCCAGGGUACUAUAUCAUGUCCAGCUAGUCAUUCCAGAAAAAAGAAGAUACCUUCCCAGCAGCUCCUGCCAAAGUCCCCUGACACAUCUGGUCGGGUUGAGUCACGUGAUGCAGGCACUCCAGACCACUGACUGUCCCUGCUGAGGACAGGGGCCGGUGCAGAGUUCUCCAAAGGCAGGUGGAAAAUGCCUGAGGUCUACCCCAGAGCAAGAAGUUCACUGGGUGAAGUAUUAAUACUGUGCCAGUGGAACUUUUUGUGCCUCAUUCUUAAAUAAUGUGAGUAUGCAGAUUUUAUUUAAAAGCAAAAGGAAACCAAGAAGAGAAUGUUAAAAUCCAAGUUUCUUGGAAAAGCUGCAUAUAAAAGUGGACCCUAAGAACUUAAGUGUUCUAGAGCAGUGAUUUUUCAAACUUCGGAUCACAACCCUUUAGUGACUCAUGAAUCAAUUUAGGGUGUCAUGACCAGCAAUUUUUUUAACAUUUUUCUAUUGAGUUAUAGUCAUUUUACAAUGUUGUGUCAAAUACCAGUGUAGAGCACAAUCAUGACCAGCAAUUGUAAAUGAAAUAUAGUAGAAAAUGUAUAUAGCACAAAGUAAGGUUAUUUCCAUUUCAGUGUCUAUGAGUGGGUUCAGGGUUACAAUCUAACCCUGUUGGCUAGUUCACCUCCUCUGAAAGAAGACAGGUGGUCACGUGGGUGAUGGCCUGAGGUCUGAUCAAAUCCUGAGAAGUGACUCACUCAGGAUUCAUUAGAACUGUCUCAUCCCACCUCUGCUCCCUCCACCCUGUGAGACCUUAGGCAAGUCAUGUGAUGUCUCUGAGCCUUCAUUUUCUCAUCUGUUUAAGUGGGGCUCAUACCUAUCCUUCCUGCCUCAUGGAAUUCUAAGAAUCACAUGAAACGGUGCCCUUAAGCACUGACAAGAACUCCCUAAAUAUAAAUCAUAAUGAUUCUUGUUAAAUGCUGGAACUAGCAGUCUCUCCUUGGGGCACUUAGAGAAUGGUUAUUCAAGGAUAAAAAUAAAACUCGUGCCUUCUGAAAAAUUAGCUACUUCUCACAAAUAUUGCUUCCAAACUGCUAAAAGCAGGUUGUUUCUGAAAGAUGGUGGUAGACUGAAGAGUCCUGGCUGCAGCAGGGUGGCUGGCCCUCUGGAUUCCACAGGUAGGGGGCUCUGUUCACGGGGAAGUCUCCCCCUCCCCCGCCCCACUCCCAGGCUCUCAGACACGCCCUGAACAUCUGCAGAGCUGCCCCACUGCCUUCCUGCUCCAAGAGCACUGGAUCUACCAGGCUGGCUGCCUCUGGGAAAGAGGGGUCCUCGCAGAGGCUGAGUGGGACUGAGGUGGGUGGGGGAGUCCAUGUUCAUGUGAACCCCACCAGUGAGUUGAUGCUUCAGCCCUGGUAGGAGGUCCAUUUUACAGAUGAAGAAACUGAGGCUCAAAGAGGUCUCUGAACUGCCCAAGUUUGCAUUCUUGACAGAGUGAGCUCCUGGCUUCCUGAAUUCCUCUGAUCCCACAAGUUGGACUCAAGAAAUGAGCAUCUUUAAUUGUGCUUGGAUUGGCAGAAGCUGGUUUUCAAGAGGGGAAUGAUCCAUCUGAGCUCAAUGAGCUACUUAACACCCUCUAGAAAUAACCUGUAAACACUUCUCAAGAGCCCAGGAGUGCUGACUCCACUUUUCCAUCCCCUUCUCUGGCAUUCCAGGACACAUUUGGCACCCCUUGGCCUCUAAUUCCUCUUGGAGUGGCACUCUGGCUCCUGCUCAAAGCAGAACCGGGUGGCCUUAAAAAUAAGUGCAGGUGUGGGGAGAGGGGAUUGGCUCCAUCGACUUUUGGGGUUGAUGGAAAUGUUCCUAUCAUGAUUGGAGGCAUUGGUUACACUUUACAAACCACCUGAAUUAUACACCAAAUUGGUCAUUUUUAUUGUAUGUAAACUAUAGCUCAAUAAAGCUUUUAAAAAUUCAAAGAA